AUAUUUUUUUAAAAAAAUCAUUUCCGAAUCUCUUCAGUCAAUCAGUUAAAAGACCUAAGCAAUUUAUUACUACGAGCUACUUCUAUUUUGUAAUUUCGUAUGUAUUUGAAGUAUCCCGGUGAAAGCGUUGUGUGUGCAUACAUAUAUGGGAACAAUUUCUCCAUUGCGAUUGAUAUUUGCGCAAUCGGAAAAACACACACACACACACAGAUAGUAGGAUGAACCGUCAUGAGAACAUUGUGUGCAAGGGCUGCAGCAAGGUGGACUUUACGGGUCGCUGUUAUCGCUGCCUGAGCUGCCAGGACUUUAAUAUGUGUGCGGAGUGUUAUGAUAAUGAUUUUACUACCGCACAGCAUCCGUUCGAUCAUCCGGUGAAGUGUGUCUUUACGCCAGCCGAUGUUGAGCUAUAUUUUGGCGGCGAAUAUCUGAAUGAUCCGCCCCAAAGCUAUAGAUGUCCGUAUUGCAAGCAAUGGGGCUACAAUGAGUCCACAUUUUUGGAGCAUGUGUCCGCGGAACAUGUGGGCGCCAGCACGUUGCUGGUGUCCACAAUGGUAACGCUUUUCGAGCAACAGCAGGCGGUUCGUCUGUUUCUGGAGGACGAACAGCUGGCGGUAUUUGCCUCGGCGGCAACGUCACGCAACGAGCUGAUGAACCGCAAUGAGGGUUCGCUUGAGCUAUUUCUAGAGCCACUGAAUCCCAAUGGCAGCUAUCAGCGGGAGCAUCCCGCCUCGCCGCUGACAUUUCGUGUUGCUAAGCCCGGCGCCGUUGAGGUAGCACCCUGGGUAGCCGAAGGUGGUAACUUGACGGCGUCCAACAGCAGCCACAACGUGGACAAUAACUUUCUGAUACCGGAUCCAGUUCGUCGUCAAUCCUUGUUGGAUCGUGCGCGUCAUCGCCUCAACUUUGACCGACCGCCGCUGCCGGUGCAGCAGCAACAGCAGCAGCCCCAGCAACAGCUAACCGGCGGCCAUCAUCCCACGCUCUCAGAGAUGAUGCGAUUCAAUGAGCCGCUGCCGACCAGUCGGCCAAAUCGUCCGGGCAAUUUUCGCGUUGUGGCCAACCAGUCGCCCAAUCAAUCUGCCAGCGGGCGCAGCAUCAAUUUGUUUGGACCAAAUGCAACGGCCGAGAAUAUGCGACGCGCUUUCUAUCCGCCCGGCGAGAUAACCAGAACCCGCGCCCAGCGACAUCGUGCGCCGCGCAUGCAAAUGGAAGGUUUUCCGGCCAGCGGCGUUCGCCAGGUGCAUGUCCAGCGUUUGCGUGGGGGGCCCGGUCCUGGUCCGGCGCCCGGACCCGGUCCGGGCCAGCGUCUGGUCGAGUUCAGUGAACUGGCGCAUGGAGCUAACGAGCUGCUUGGCCAGAAUGUGGCCUCCGGUGCGGUCAUGUUGCGCACUAUCGAGGAGGAGGAGCAACAGCAACAACAGCCAACAACAGAGUCCAAGCAGCUGGAGCUGGAACGUGAACGCUACCUCUGCUAUCCAUUUUUGUCAUCCGCCUCCAGUGCACCGUGUCCGCCCGAGGAGCAGAUCACAUUUCUGGCACAGCGAGCCGAAUUUGUUGCCCAGCUGUUGGCCUCGGUGCUCUGCGAGGAGGAGCUGACAGGGGUUACAUCAAUGCCGGAGGCAGUUGAUACGCUCAAACUACGUAAUCGAUCGAAUAGCGAAUUUGUUGGCGCUGGCGACUCAGAGCUGGAUCUAAAGCACACUACACCAUGCUAAAGAAAUUGACACUCGUCGAGUUUUGAUUCGUUUUGGUUAACUGUCGAAUGCAGCAAUACUUUUGUUGAUACCUUAACCUAUAGGCACAAAUUUUGUAGUUUCCCCAACUCUGUUUAAAAAGCAAACUUUUUGGAACUUGCGGCCCCGGGCCAACAAAAAUUGCAAUUGUCGUAAGUGAUUGCGUCUUUGACUUUUGACUUGAACCAAGUAACACCACAUGCAUUAUACGAAACAUAUCGAAUAAAGACGCUCAAUAAAUGAA